UGGGCUCAACUUUGUCUUCCAAAUGGCCAGGUUGUGUGCUCAGCUUGGAGAGAGAGUCUUCAACCUCCAGAGCAACUUCAUGUCUCACACAAUAUAAAGUGUCUUUGUGACAGUAUAACCCACUGUGCCAAAGUCCAAUAUUUUACUAGGCUGCCAGUUCAAGCUGCAGAUGGUAACUGGACUUUCACUGACAUUGCAAUUGUUCACUUGUAUUCUGCACCUGAUGAAGACUUACUGAAACUUUCAAAUCAUGUUCUCUUAGCCUCCCAACUGCUUGACACUAUAUCUGUAAUUUGUGUCAAACAAAUCAUUAGCAUCAUUGUGAUGAUCCCACAGCAGGUGGUCUUGCCCUUGGGCAUUGCAGAGUUGGUGUAUUGUAUAAUGGAAAGGCCUGGAUUUGAUGUAUCUGAAUGGGGGGUUCUCUACAGCAUGUAUGUUGAAAGAGAUGAUGAAGAUGAUGGUCAUGAGGAUGUCAAAUAG